CUUAUAAAACUCUAAGUGUGUCAGUGCUAGAAAAUGGCAGCGGCAAGUAUUUCAGAUCAGGAUCAGUUCAACUGUCCAGUGUGUCUUGAGCUCCUGAAGGAUCCAGUGACUCUCCAUUGUGGCCACAGUUACUGUAAGGUGUGUAUUAUCAGCUUCUGGGAUAAAGAAGUUCAGAAGAAGGUCUACAGCUGCCCCCAGUGUAGAGAGACGUUCACUCCGAGGCCUGUUCUAUGCAGGAACAACAUGCUGGCUGAAGUGGUGGAAAAACUGAAGAAGAACAAACUCCAAGCUGCUUCUGCUGCUCACCAUUACGCUGGACCUGGAGAUGUGGACUGUGAUUCGUGCAAUGGGAGAAAACGCAAAGCCACUAAUUCCUGUCUGGUGUGUCUGGCCUCCUAUUGUGAAGAUCAUCUUAAACCUCACUAUCAGUCUCCGGCUUUUAAAAAGCACAAGUUAGUUGAAGCCUGCGUAGAUCUCCAAAAGAAGAUCUGCUCUCAGCACAACAAAGUGAUGGAGAUCUACUGCCAAACUGACCAAAGCUUCAUCUGCUACUUGUGUACUUUGGAUAAACACAGAGGUCAUGAUACUGUUUCAGCGAAAGCAGAAAGAACUGAAAAACAGAAUAAGCUAAGGGAGGAGCAGCUAAAAUCCCAGCAGAAGGUCCAGGAGAAGCAGAAGAAGGUGCAGGAGCUGAAACAGACUGUGGAUAUUAUAAAGAAGCGUUCACAGGAAGCAGUAGAUGAUAAUGAGAAGAUCUUUAAUGAGAUGAUCAGCUCCCUGGUGAAAAGGCGCUCGGAGGUGAAGGAGAUGAUCAGAGUUCAGGAAAAAGCUGAACUGAGUCGAGCUGAACAACACCUGAAACAUCUGGAGCAGGAGAUCACUGAUCUUCAGAGGAGAGUCAGUGAUCUGGAGCAGCUUUCACACACACCUGAUCACAUCCACUUCCUCCAGAGUUUCCCGUCUCUCUGUGUUUCUCCUGGAUGUGACGACUCACCCAGCUUCACUGUCAAUCAACAUCUUUCAUUUGAUGGAGUGAGGAAAUCUGUCUCAGAUCUGAAAAAACGAGUCGAGGAGAUCUGUCAGGAGGAAUUCAACAAAAUCCGUCCACAAGCUGCAGUAGUUCAGAGGACUUUGCCCUCACAUAUGACGAGCAGAAAAGAAUGUCUGCAAUAUUUCUGUUAUCUGACUCUGGAUCCCAACACGGCACAUCCCUUCCUCGUUCUGUCUGAGAACCACAGAGAAGUGAUGUGGAGUGAGACAAAACAGCAAUACUCUGAUCAUCCAGAGAGAUUUGACUCCUGGGUCCAGGUGUUGUGUAAGGAGAGUGUGUGUGGACGCCGUUACUGGGAGGUGGAUUGGAACAGUGAGAACUUGGUCUACAUAUCAGUCUCAUAUAAAGAGAUCAGCAGGAAAGGACAGGGUGAUGAGAGUGUGUUUGGACGCAACAGUCAGUCCUGGAGUCUACUGUGUUAUUCUUCCUCUGUCUCUUUCUCUCACAACGGCGUUAAGACCGAACUCCGAGGUCCAGCGGCGUCCAGAAUAGGCGUGUACGUGGAUCACAGUGCAGGAACUCUGUUCUUCUACAGCAUCUCUAAAAGAUUGAGGCUCCUCCACAGAGUCCAAACCACAUUCACUCAGCCGCUAUACGCUGGUUUCAGGAUCGGUUUUAAGUCAGCUGUGAAGUUUUGUGAGUUAAAAUGAAAUGUUCAUCAAAGUGUUUAGUAAAAUUACUGAACAUUUUAGAACAUUUCUGAAAAAAAAAUUUAUCAGAUGGGAAUUUCUACUUGUAUGCACGAUUAGGGGGUUUAUUAUACUGAUAGAAAAAAUAGAAAAGAUAAUUGUAAGAUGGUCUGGAUAAGGGUGUCUGACCAAUGCUGUAUAUGUAAAUGCUUUGGAAGGAUGUGUUUUUUUAUCUGCACAAGAAGAGUACUCCAAAAUACAGUGCGAGAUCUCAUAUAAGCAGUCUCAGGAUCUGGGAUCAGUGAUGUGACUGUGCUUCUGUUUUUCACCACUAGUGGGCCCCCCAGUCCCCACACCUUACUCCCUCCUCCCUAAUCUGCCCAAAAUGUUUGCACCUGUGUGGCAUUAUUUCUGUGUGUAUUUAAGGUUUUGCGGUUGUGUAAUCUGUUAUGUGUUAUAAUGUGAUUUGUUUCUGAUGUUAUGUUCACCCCUUUACUGUUUUUCAAGUCUCUUGUUAUCUCCCGAGCUCCCUGUGUAGUCCUGUUUUGAGUUUGUGUGUCCAGAGUCCCCUGCCCCUGUCCAGUUUUCUUCUACUCAAGUUUGAUUUUGUGCUUAAUACUUUUUUAAUCAUGGAUUGUAUUCUUACUCUGCCUGUUUUGGCAUGCACAUCGAGCAAACGUGGCACGAACGUCGGCCAUGUGAUGACAUCGCUUUCAGGGAUGGAAAAUGACAAGCAGCUGCUUCUAUUUAAAAUUUUACACAGAAGAUAAAACAGUGUCGAUAACAGUGUCGGUACCUAUCCCUACAGCUAGCACAAGCUAAUCUGACACGCCAUGUACGUAAUUAAAAAAUAAACACCUGUAUAUUUGUUUAAACAAAAUGUAUUUAUUAUUUCAUGUCACUUAUUCAUUUGAUCAAAAUGAGUUAUGUUAAAGUUAUUUCAAAAACCCAUCGAAUAUAAACUCUUAACACAGUCAAUCACUUGAUUAAAUAAAAAUCUAUUUUAAUCAGAAAAGCGAAAAAGAAAUAAAAGAGCAUGUUUUAAAUGUCCUAAACCUCUAAACCUAUUCUUAAAUUCUGAGCUGCUUUGAGACAAUGUAUGUUGUGAAAAGUGCUAUA